GGAAUGUCUUAAAAAUAAGAUUGUAUUCUGUGAAAGCAUCAAACCGGAUCCCUCUGCAAUCCAUGUAGUGGAAAUAAUGGGAAACACUCUGCUGUUCGGGAAGGAAAAGUACUGUAUCUUUAAAUUUGUCCCCGCGCCCUGGGAAAAGCUGUCCUGUUAGGGCACAGGGAACAUGACUCGGUGCUGUGGGCAGAAGUGAGCGCCUUCUGACUUCCCGACUCCUGCUCACGUGUGCUCAGCGCUUGGCAGGGAUUGCGUGGCUGCCGAGCGCCCUUUCACAGCCUCCCCCAGGCAGCGUUAACCCUUGGAAUGCGCGCUUGUCUUCCUCACGCUCUCCUCUCGCUAAGCACAAGAAAAGAAGCCGGAGCACCGUCUGACGACAGAGUCCCUCUACAGCUAAGCUGAUUUAGCACCACAUUGCGUCCUGCUUCACAAACUAAAUCCUCAGGUAGCCCNUGGGAGGCUGCAGCCAUGCUCCCUUCCCAGGCUCUCCUGCCCGCUGUGCUGUUCGCACUCGCAGCCCUUCGGGCCCUCGCCUCCGACACCUUCCUGGCAGCCGUCUACGAGCACGCCGUCAUCCUGCCACAUGCCACCCAGGAGCCCGUCCCUGCCAGCGAUGCUUUGGCCCUGAUGAACAGAAACAUGGAUGUCUUGGAAGGGGCCAUCAAGGAAGCUGCCCAGCAGGGUGCCCACAUCAUUGUGACUCCUGAAGACGGCAUCUAUGGCUGGCGAUUCACAAGAGAAUCCAUCUACCCCUACCUGGAGGAUGUCCCUGAUCCAGCGGUGAAUUGGAUUCCCUGCACUGACCCCUCAAGAUUUGGUCCAACACCAGUGCAGGAACGACUCAGCUGCAUGGCCAGAAAUAACUCCAUCUAUGUGGUUGCAAAUAUCGGGGACAAGAAGCUGUGUGACUCCAGUGAUCCCAGCUGCCCCAAGGACGGUCGGUACCAGUACAACACGGAUGUCGUCUUUGACGCACAGGGCAAACUGGUGGCUCGCUACCAUAAGUACAAUCUGUUUAGAAGUGAAACUCAGUUUGAUUAUCCAAAAGAGCCAGAAGCUGUCACCUUUGAGACUCCUUUUGGGAAGUUUGGCAUUUUCACUUGCUUUGACAUCCUUUUCUAUGAGCCUGCCGUGGUCCUGGUGAACAAGAUGCAGGUGGACACCGUGCUCUUCCCAACAGCUUGGAUGAAUGUCCUGCCCUUUCUGACUGCAAUUGAGUUUCACUCUGCUUGGGCUAUGGGCAUGGGUGUUAAUUUACUUUCUGCAAAUACUCAUAACACCACCAGCGCAAUGACAGGCAGUGGGCUGUUCACACCAGAGGGACCUGCUGCCUACCACUACGACAGUGCCACCGAGGAGGGACGUCUCCUGCUAGCAGAGUUGAGUGCACGCCCCCGUCUUUCCCCCACCUACCCCCCUGCUGUCAACUGGAGCUUGCAUGCCACGAGCAUCGAGAAGUUUCCUGGAGAAAACAACACUUUCUCGGGAGCUGUCCGGAAGGAUAUAUUCACUUUCAGAGAACUCAGGCACAAGGAUGGAAAUUACACUGUUUGCCAAGGAGACCUUUGCUGUCAUCUGGUCUACCAGAUGUCAAACAAGAGGAGAGAUGAAGUUUAUGUCCUGGGUGCAUUUGAUGGUCUUCAUGGCUCUCUCAUAAAAUACCAUUGGCAGAUCUGCACUCUGCUCAAGUGCCCCAGCACAAACCUGAGCACAUGUGGGCAGCCCGUGGAGACGGCUCAGACCAAGUUUGACAUGUUCUCCCUCAGUGGCACGUUUGGCACCAGCUACGUCUUCCCAGAAGUGCUGUACAGCGGGGUGCAGCUGGCUCCUGGGGAGUUCGAGGUGCUACGUGACGGGCGUUUGAAAAGCAAGCCUGGCACGUCGAAACCGCUCAUAACAGGGACGCUUUUUGGAAGGCUUUAUGAGAAGGACCAGCCACAUCCUCUGCGAAUUUCCCUGUAAAGUGUCUCCUUAGGAGUUGCACACUCACCAGAGACAGGAGGGGAGUUUCCUCCUGAGCCAUAGCAGUUACCUUGUAUGAUUCCUGUUCUGCAAUAUAUUGCACUUCUGCUCAGCACCUGUGGCAAUUUGGCUUAUCUGGGAGAAAGUGAUGUGGUCACUUUGCUGUGCGUGCCUUUUUAACAGGGCUUGAGCCGGUGCAAUUAUUUUUCAGUGUGCAUGAUCUGUCACGUAAAUCUUUUAAUCAUAAAUUUUGUUUCACCCAAGAUUUCAUAUUGAUUGAUAGAAUUACAGUAGAAAGAAGACUGAUAACAAAAUCUAUGAAA